AUGGGCACACACAGCUGAUGGUCUUAAUCAAAUACCAACUCCAUGGAUCCAGGACAGGUUUGUCCCAUGGCCCGCUCUGAACAGUGUGUUGUCGGAUAGAAGAUUCCAUCGGCAAACCAGCUGUUGCCUUACAGAGCAAGCAAAGAAGAUGGAUCUGGUGAAGAGCCAUCUGACUGUGUGCUUUCUACCUUCUGUGCCCUUUUUAAUCCUAGUAUCCACUCUAGCAAGUGCGAAGAGUGUGGCUAACAGCACUUUAAACGGCACUGACGCGGUUUUGGGCGCUGUGCCUGUAAUCAUUGCCCGAACCGACCAUAUCAUAGUCAAGGAAGGGAACAGUGCCUUGAUUAAUUGCAGUGUUUAUGGCAUCCCUGACCCACAGUUUAAGUGGUAUAAUUCUGUUGGCAAACUGCUGAAAGAAGAGGAGGAUGAGAAGGAGAGAGGCGGAGGAAAAUGGCAAAUGGUGGAUGGCGGCCUCCUGAACAUCACCAAGGUAUCCUUCUCAGACCGAGGUAAAUACACAUGCGUGGCCUCUAACAUCUAUGGCACUGUGAAUAACACGGUGACCUUGAGAGUCAUCUUUACCUCUGGAGACAUGGGCGUCUACUACAUGGUUGUCUGCCUCGUGGCCUUCACCAUCGUCAUGGUCCUCAACAUCACCCGCUUGUGUAUGAUGAGCAGCCACCUGAAGAAGACCGAGAAAGCCAUCAAUGAGUUCUUUAGGACAGAAGGCGCAGAGAAGCUGCAAAAGGCCUUCGAGAUUGCCAAGCGGAUCCCCAUCAUCACCUCAGCCAAAACUCUAGAGCUUGCCAAAGUCACCCAGUUCAAAACCAUGGAGUUUGCCCGUUAUAUUGAAGAGCUUGCCAGGAGUGUGCCUCUGCCUCCUCUCAUCAUGAACUGCAGGACUAUCAUGGAGGAAAUCAUGGAAGUAGUCGGGCUGGAGGAGCAGGGGCAGAAUUUUGUGAGGCAUACCCCAGAAGGCCAGGAGGCUGCAGAGAGGGAUGAGGUGUACACAAUCCCCAACUCUCUGAAGCGAAGUGACUCGCCCACCGCUGACUCCGACGCCUCAUCGCUGCACGAACAGCCUCAGCAGAUUGCCAUCAAGGUAUCUGUUCACCCCCAGUCCAAAAAAGAUCAUGUGGAUGACCAAGAGGGCGUACAGUUUGAGGUCAAAGAUGAAGAGGAGACAGAACCAUCCGCUGGACAGUCUCCGGAAACUGCAGAGCCUUCUACAGACAUAACAUCCACAGAGCUAACCUCUGAGGAGCCGUCCCCUGUAGAGGUAUCAGAUCGAGGACUGCCACCAGCUCACUUGGAAAUGACAGAGCCAGCAGUGACAUGCGACAAAAACACCUGCAUUAUUUAUGAAAGCCAUGUCUAAUAUUCACUCCGAAAAGCUAUGCAUAUCAAGAAAACCAGGGGCUGCUCUUUGUAAUACAGAUGUAGUACGCACUUGCCGCUAAGCCUUACCAGGAGACUCUCAUCCCUUAGGUAGGAGUGAUGCCGUUUGAAAGGGAGAAACACCUGCGUGCAGUUGACGUGACUGGCAUCUCCCCAGUAGAAAAAGAUACAAGAAACAUCAGGGUGCAGAAUUGAUGUCGGACAGAAGCUGUCUGUCCUUGUGAUAUGAAUCGUAGAGGCCAUUAUCUGCCAAAUCCCUUAAUUGGUGAUGCCGUUUUGGCAAAGAGUACACUACUGUAAGAUAUUCUGAGCUCAAGAGCCCUGUCAAUGCAUACUGUAUUGCUUUUCUUUUUAAAAAGUAUAGGUCUGCUAUAAUAGCAAAUGCACGUAUAUGGGUUUGUUGCACUUUCUUCUUAGUUUUAAUUACUUUCACUGUUCCUUUAUAAUGGAGUAGUUAUUAUAUUAACAUUAAUUUCCUCCUUCUGGUUGCAUCCUCUUUACCACUUUUGUCCUUAUUUUUGCCUAGAAUGUUUACCUCAGAGGCUUUGGUAUCAGUCACCAGUUCCAGGACUGAUAGCUACAAGCCAUUUGUAAUGCUCCAAAGUAGUUACUAUGCUCAUUAUUUUUUUCAUUUCCCAGGCCUAUUUUCAUACAUUGCUUUUUUUUUAUUUCCAGUGAAGCUGCUGUUGUGAAAUUGAGAAAAACUUUGCCCUGGAAUAGCACUUUAAUAGUCAAAUAAAAAUGUGUUUACCUGUCCAAUUCUGAGAACCUUUCAGUGAGCUCAAUCAAGGUGUAGAGAGAGAUUGUAAAAGGCUCAGUGUACCCACACUCUUCCUGAAAAUUGCUGUUUACAUUUAAGUAACAUCAUCCUCUAAACAAAGACUGACUCUUUACCUGGAAAAUGUAUUGUUUCCAAAUAGAAGCAUUUGAUGAAUUCCUAUAGGUUGUAAAGUAUUGGCUUCCCAGGAGCAGUUACAGGGAUCAACUGCUGCCGGUGAACUACACACCUGGUACAAGGCAGCAAGUAGAAGGUCUGUGAAGUGCUUAAACAGGACCAGUUUUGUAAAACACAUAGCUGACUUGUUAGUUUUCACAAGGAAGAGUGAAAGGUAAGAGUAGUGGCAUAGAACACUGUUGCCCUCAAGUUUUAUGUCAAAAUUACUGAAUUAUUUACUUCCACAAAAAUGCAGUAUAAGCAAGGUAGCAUGAUUUUGUGGAAAGAAGGCAAAAGUUAAAACCAGUCAUUCAGAGGUUCAGUACUUACCAGCCAGUGCUGGUCACCAACUGCCUGGUAUUGAACAAGUCUAGCCCUCGGUUUCUCUAUCCGUAAGAAGGGCAGACUAGAUGAGGGUGAAUGCCGGCUCUUCCUCAGAGAACCACGCCAAUAUUAACAUCCUUGCUCUUUUCUACGAUGACUUCCCAGAUUUUUGCUUUCAUCUGCUGGUUCCCCAAACAUAUGUAGUGCUGCAUUACUUGCUCAAAAAGGGUCAGUUUUGAAAAAUCAUAGCAUUUUAAAUAAAUUGUGGAACUUCUCCUCUUCCCCAAAAAUGAUUAGGACCAGCUCUACAAUUGAGUGAUGUUGUUCAUUUUCACUUAUAAGCAAGGGAGACAAUAACCUUAAAGUGGUUAUCAGGGCGGUGACCACAUCAAGUAUGGCAAGCCUGAUGGGCUAUCAUGUCAGAGGUUACACGACCCACACUGGUAAUGAGAGAACGGACCUAGAUGUUUACUGCCCCUCUGGUCACCAUCUGGGAAAGUGACCUUGCACAACUUCCAACUAGGACUUAAUCUCUUUCAUCUGUGGAAUAUGCAGGCAGUACUCAAUGGUCCAUAAGAGCCUUUCAGGCUCAAACAUUUAUAGUUUUAUGAAAGUUUAUGGUCCAUGAUAGCCCCUAUUGCACAAAACAAGCAAAAUCAGGAACUAAAAAAUGGAUACACGAUACUGGAUGCUUUCAUGAUCCAAACUUUACAACAAAGGUUUCUGGCUGUCACUGAGGGCAGUGGGAUUGGCUUUAGAAGUGACCUUGAUGGACUCACUUAUAGACAAAUCUGACAAGACAUAGACUUUGGCCAGACAUCCUUUUAAAAGGAAUUAACUGUUGGUAUCCAGUUAGAAGUAUCUAAGAGGGGCACCUACAGAAAUUAGUAGUGAGCAGCCAUGAGAGAAACUAUAACUCUGGUUGGACUCUCUGGACUAGGGUUUUAUGUAUUUAGGCUGCAAAAGUUCUAUUUCCAGUUCUUAGGAUAUAAAUGAUUUCCAAUUAUUGUAGAGGUUAACAAAUUCUUACCUUUGAUUUGUAUGCCCACAGCAACAACAGGGACUUACAAAGCUUGUUUUGUGAUGUUCUAUUCAGUUCUCUUCCCACCCAAAUCCAUGUGCAGAUUUCCACACGGAAACCACAGAAGGUAUCCAUUCCGUGUAGAGAUUGACUAGCGACAAUAAACUAAAAUUGGGUGGCUUUUACAUAAAGCAAAAGUUAAAAUACUUGACCAAAGAAUGUUUCCAGACUGGCUUUGCUUCUUUAGGUGGAGAUCAUGUAGAUUUUUAAAACUCUCUCCCUCUUUAAGGCAUCAGAAUGCUCUUGAUAUAACAAUAACCAACUUAUAAAGGGAGCUUGGCUUGUACUGGGAAUUUCUCCUUCUAGAAAUUCUUCCUAUCUAUACUACAGCUUCUUUAUAAAAUGAGAGAGCCCCUCCUGCUAGAAUGUGAAAUAUAGAAGACCUCAUGAUUUUCAGGCAGUUUUUCAAAAAUAAAGUGAACUGUUUAGCUUCUUAGAAAUUCAUAGGACUGUAGCUGUGUGUUUGUGCAACACAUUCAUGCAUAUUGAGCUCAUUUGGGCAGUUUUAAAAGUUUAACGCUAAAUCCCAAGCCAUGUCCUUUGGGGCUUAUGUAGUCAUUCUUAAAAUCAAAUAAUUUCUGCUUCCUGAGUGAUCCUAGUCAUAUCACUAGCAAUUUUUUUCUUGAAAUUAUUAAACUGAUUCACAUAUCGUGCAUAUUUAAUUCCCUAGAUUAUCUAUUAUCUUGGAUGGUAUUUAUUCUAAAUAUGGGAUAAAACAGAAUUUUAUAUGGAAAAUCUAUGUAAUUUAUAAUGGUUUUGUUUUAGAAAUUAUAUUUUCAUAUCUUUAGGACACAUCUGCUAUUCUCAUCUUUUUGUACAUCAUACUGGAUAAAAAGAAAUACUAAUACUUGACUAAAAUCUCUAGGAACCAAAUGUAAUAUAUAUGAUAUAUGACAUAUAGAAACUGCUCUAAAAUCUGAAUGUUCUCAGCCAUGCUAAGCAUUAUUGUGCCAUGUCAUUACAUCCAGAAUAUCUAGGAUGCUUAUGAGCAUUUCUUUUUCACAAUUAAGGCUAAAAGGCCUGACAUCCCACACGAUGGAUUCAAGAAUCUACUUCCCUUUUUUAUCUUUUUUCUUUCAUUUUUAAUUAUAGAAGUCCAUGCUGCUUAAACUUCCUUUAAAAGGAAAAUGUGAAGUAACAAGAAAGCAACUUGAUGGGAAGAGAGAAUGAAUUGAACUAUGGCUAUGUAAAAUCAUUUUAACAGACUGAUAACAUGUUUAAUCUACUGCUUGGGUUGUUAUUCACUGUUGAUCUAGGAUCUGCUCAGCUCUGUAGCACAUGAAGAAAAUGUAAGGCACACAGAACAGUUGUAUGUUUUGAAACAACACACUCUACACAUAGUGUAGCCAGCACAGCUCAGCUUGACUAUAUAGACACCAGUCCUAGCCACUGGAAGUAUUUUAGAAAGGCUAAUCAGUUACCUUUCAUUAUGCCAUUUGAGUACAUGUAUCAGUACUACAACUCUUACAAUAGCGGUAGCUAUGUUUCUAUAACUGGGAGUUUCCUUCAUGUGUUUUCAUUUGGUAAGAAAUGAAGCAUUAAUUUUAUUUCACAUACUUUAUUUUCUCAGUACAAUUCAGAUAUUUUUCUUUACUGAUCUUCCCACAGUCUUUUGGCAUUUUUUUUAGGUAAUUUCUGUUUCCAUUCUUGCUUACUGGUAUUCUUUGUCUACUAAAUCUCAGUGCAUAUUCACACAUAUAUUUUGAAUACCUGUAAUCUUCAAGAUAUUGGUCAGUUUUACAUGGAGCUGUUCAUCAAAAUACCCUUCAGUAGAUAACAAAAUUCAUUUUCCUAAUGACUUUUGUAUGGUUUCUUCAGUGGUUGACAGGUUUGGAUUAUACAAAUCAACUGUGGAGAAAAUAAUCAAAUAGAAUAUAAUUACGUAUUAUAUUUUCCAAAAGACUGUGUGUUUUUUUAUGUUACACAGGAAAAUGUUAUGUAAAGAUCAUGAUGCUCCUUAUGAGAUUUUUUUAGAGAUGGAAUUUAUAAAGGGGAUAAUACUAAAAAUACUACAAUCAAAAUCAAAGCUAGAGAAUGUAAAAAUAGAAAGUAAAUAGUUCUAAGAACAUCCUGCAUAAAUUAUUUUUAUUUAGCCAAUCACAAAAUUCUCCAUGUGUAUCUUUCUGCCAUCGUAGCCCCACUAACAGUGAGUUAGGAUCAAACGUGUGUAUUUAUGUUUGGUCUGCUGUAUUUCAGUAGUUCUGAAUGUCUUUUGUUAAAUUGCAAAAUAAAAUGAAAAUGUAUCUGGGCCAAAAUGUCAAUCUGCUGAUUUUGUGAACUAUAAAAUGUUCACUUUCUAAAAAUAAUUUAAAGAUGUAAACAAAUGACUAAUAUAAGUUGAUAUUACUGUAGCAAAAAAAAAAAGUGAUCCAUCCUGUAUUUUGAUUGUUGCUUUAAUAAAAGGUUUGCACAGGUGUGUGGAA